GAACUCUGUGUAGUACUGGCAAGGACGCAAACAGGACCUCUUCGCCAUGAUUCGACAGUUGGGUAAACCAACAAUGUUUCUCACCUUGAGCGCCAGUGAAACUCAAUGGGAAGAACUGUUGAAGGUGCUGCACAAAUUGUCCAGUGACUACGAUGACCUUGAAUUGGCCGACCCGCUGUCGGAGUUAAGCGCGUUUCAAAAGGCAAAGUUGGUCGUUGAAGAUCCUGUGACGUGUGUUGCAUACAUCGACAAGCUUGUUGACGUCAUAAUGCGCAUCUUGAAGUCCAAACGGUUCAGUCCAUUUGGUAAAUACUACGUUGUGGAUUACUUCAAGCGGAUCGAGUUUCAACAACGUGGUAGCGCGCAUGCCCACAUCAUGCUCUGGUGUGCAAACGAUCCUCGUGAGGACGUUUCCGAGGACAUGCCCGCCACCAUUGAAAUGAUCAACACUCUCUGCUCCAUCGAUGCCUUCCGUUGGUUGGGACCACUGCUUGGCAAGAAGCAAGAGCACGCUCACACACGUACGUGUUACAAACACAACGAUAAACGUUGUCGUUUCAACAUUCCGUACUGGCCGAUGAACGAGGAUCGGGUAUUGGUGCCCCUUCCGGCUGAUGACAGUCGUCGUUCUGCACUGAAGAAACGUGCUCUCGAGUUUCGUGAGAUUCUGGAAACGAAGACUUUCGAAACUCUCGAAGACUUUCUGGCCGAUUGUGAGUGUACCGAGGAAUACUACCUCGAAGUGAUUCGUGCAUGGCUACAGCGACCAGCGUUCUUCUUCAAGCGUCCGAUGAAUCAGCUCUACAUGAAUCCAUUCAACGUUUGGAUUGGCGGUGUACUUCGCUCCAACAGUGAUCUGCAGUUCAUCAUGGACGAGUACUCGUGCGCCUCUUAUUUGGUUGAUUACGUCAACAAGACAAAUCGAGGCAUCAGCGCGUUUCACCGAGAGCUUCUCGAGCUGCAGGAGCAGUAUCCCGACUACGACUAUCAAGGCUUGCUGAAGAAGUUGGGCGUGAGAGUACUCAACAGUGUUGAGAUGUGCUCACAGGAAGCAGCGUGGAUCUUGCUCCGGUUACCAAUGUCCGAAGCAAGCCGGAAAAUCGAAUUUGUGCCGACAAUGUGGCCAAAUGAGAGAACCCGAUGCCGGAAGCGACACCAGCAGAUGGACAACGAGGGACUCGACGACGACUCAACGGACGUGUGGACCAGAAACAUCGUCCAGAAGUAUGAGGACCGCGAUGGAUUGGAGGAUGUGUGCCUGGCUGAUUUCGUCGCAUGGUAUGCACCGAUGAAAAGCACCAAAAACAGCUACAAGCUGCGAGGCACUGCCAAAAUCCUGCGAUGGCGAGGAUACCCGAUGAGCGAAAUGGUCGAGUACAAGCGAGAGGCAGUGCUGCUGUUUUUGCCGUUCCGGAAUGAACGAGUCGACCUGCUGGACCAGAACAAAUUCCUCCAAUUGUACGAUUCGCAUGAGACAGAGCUCAUCGCGAAACGUAAGGAAUACGAUUGUGAGUUGAAUUUGGAGCAGACCGUUGAGGAAUACCUCCGAAUAAUCGCACAGGAAGGCGAUGGCGAGCAAGAGAGAGCCGCCACGGAGAAGCACAACGAGUACGUGAGGAGCAUCGACAUGCAGCCAAACAACGAUGACAUCGAAAACCUGCCGACUUCUGCACUGCGAGCGAUUGUGAAACAACGUUCGAAUGUCAUGCCAAAAGCUGACUACUGUGCCUGGAUGCGGCAGGCUAACGAGAAGCAGCGCAUGUUGAUCCUCCACAUCAUCCAUCGACUGACGAGCUUUGAUCCUGAAAUUCCAGCGAUGCAGAUCUUCCUGACUGGACCAGCGGGUAGUGGUAAAACGUUCACACUGCGUCUGAUGAUGGAAACCUAUAACCGGUACAGCCAAGGUCACAACUCUCGCAACAACGCGUAUAUUGCAUGUGCGUCGACAGGCAAAGCCGCCGUUAACAUUGACGGUGUUACGGUCCAUCGUGCCUACCGCAUUGCAAUAUCGCGCCAGAGUGACUCAAAGCUUAGCCCUGAAUGGCUGCAGACGUACCGAAAUGAAUUCCGGAACGUGAAGCUCCACAUUGUAGAUGAAGUUAGUAUGCUUAGCGCAGGUAACUUCAGAACAAUGCACAUACGUUUGCAGGAUAUUCAUUUGGAUUACCUUCACCCAUUCGCUGACCAGGACGUUACGUUUACCGGAGAUUUACAUCAGCUGAAUCCAGUCAAUGCUUUACCAAUCUAUAAGGCUCCGAGAAAUUCGAUUGGUGGAUCUUGGCUGUGGGAUUACAUCCGACUGUACGAGUUGGAUCAGGUCAUGCGUCAGACCGAUGUGGUGUUCUCCACCAUCCUCACCGCGAUUGGCGAAGGCAAGAAACUGACGGAUGAACAGAAGACGCUGAUCGAGAGUCGGUUCAAGUCAGUGGAGGACUGCCAACGGGAAGCUCCCAACGCCGUUUGGCUGUUCCAUCAAAACGUUGAUGUCGAUCGAUUCAACAGAGAAGCGUUGAGUGGGCUCGAGGGUCUGGACUGUCUUGCCGACGAUAUGAUCACAGGUCACAGCACAUCCGCUCAGGCAACCAGUGCACGAACGAAAUUACAUAAAAUGAGCACAGCCCAAACGAGUGGGCUGCCAUAUAUGGUUCGUUUUUGCAUUGGAAAGCCCUACAUGAUC